ACCACCACCAUCGCGACAAGCAAGCGCAGACGCCUCACAGAGGCCGCCAUUGUCUGUCGUCCGAGCUAGGAGGAGCUGAUAUCGCACCAUGAUGGAGCUGCGCAAGUACUGGGGUGUCGGCGGCCGCCGGUGUGGGGCCUGCGAGGGGGCCCCGGCCGCCGUGCACUGCCGCACGUGCGCCGGGUACCUGUGCACGGGGUGCGACGCGCGCCCGGCGCACGCCAGGGCGGGGCACGAGCGCGUGUGGGUGUGCGAGGUCUGCGAGGUCAACCCGGCCGCCGUCACCUGCAAGGCCGACGCCGCCGUGCUCUGCGCCGCCUGCGACGCCGACAUCCACGACGCCAACCCGCUGGCGCAGCGCCACGUGCGCGUCCCCGUCGCGCCCAUCGGGUCGCCCGAGGCGGCGGCCGUGGCCGCCGAGGCUAUGAACAUGUUCGCUGCCCGUUCGGAGGAGGACGCGCACGAGCACGGGCUGCAGCAGCAGGAGCACGGGGCGCUGAACCUGAACGUGGAGGCUGGGAAGGAGGGAGGCAAGCAGAUGGACUACAUGUUCUCCGACCUCGUUGACCCUUACCUCGGCCUCGAGUACCAGCGCUUCCCCCACGCCGACAGCGUCGUCCCCAGUGGCGCCGGCGCUGUCCCCGUCGUGGAGCUGGAUUUCGCGUGCGGGAUCGGCGCAAACGCCAAGCCGCCGGCAUCCUACAGCUCCUACACGACUACCACCUCCAUCGCCCACAGCGGCUCUUCUUCGGAGGUCGGCGUGGUGCCGGAGGCCUCCUUCGUCGGCGGCGGCGCCGGGAGCUUCGAGCUCGACUUCACCCGGCCCAAACCACAAACUUACAUGCCGUACACCACAGCGCCACUUAUCCACAACGUGAGCAUGCAACAGGUAUCGCCGGUGGACAACGCGGGAUACUUGACUGUGCCGGAGCGGGCGGUGGCGGUGACGGGGGAGGACAGGGAGGCCCGGCUGAUGCGGUACCGGCAGAAGCGGAAGAACCGCCGGUUCGAGAAGACGAUCAGGUACGCGUCCAGGAAGGCCUACGCCGAGUCCCGGCCCCGGGUCAAGGGCCGCUUCGCCAAGCGCGCCGACAACGACAACGACGCUGACGACGCCGAGGCGGAGGCCCAUGCCGUGCCGUCCUCGUACUUGCUCGACUUCGGCUACGGCGUCGUGCCGUCCUUCUGAUACGUGGGCCGGCCUGGCGCGUGGUGUACGUGCGCCUUGUACCGUGGAUGUACACUACGUAGGGGAGUAGCCCGGCCCAUUCCCAUGCAUGUACGUACUCAUGCUGAGCUAGCUCGAUCAAGCUAGUGAUGUACACUAGUAGUAUACUUACAGUUAUCCUUUUGUUAUUACUUUUGGAUCAAUUACAGUAGUAUUAGUAUAGCCGCCUCGAAUGAAUCAUCAAUCAUAUGCCAAAUUAUAUUAUUUUCACCCUA